CCAACAAAUCUGCUAUAGAGCUCGAAUACUAUUAAUAAACGCGUUUGCAAUGUAAUAACGUGAAAUUAGCAAGUACACAUUCUAUUUGGAAAAUUCUUGAUUAAUUUGCGCAUGAGUAUGUUUUUCAAAUGCGAAAAUUAAAUCACGCUCCUAAGUAGAAUAAAAAGUCAUCAAAAUGACGUCAAAGCAACUGUAAAAUGAUUAUAUUAAAAAUCACUUUUUGAUUAAUUUUGAUUCACUUUGAUGUUAUCCUGAUUCAACGUGACUAUGACUUAUUAUUUUCUUGGAGACAUUCACAUUUUCUAUUUUUAUACGGAGACUGACAUCUACUGGCACAAAUGCCCAUCAAAUAAUUGAGCAUCCAAACAGCUACAAUUUUCACAGGUAUCCUUCAAAACAUGUACGAUUGUAGUAUUCGAAUGGAGUUAACCAAUAAUGCCAUCUUCAUGUUAAGGCUCAAAACUCUUCAAACAAUUACUGUAGCAGAUGAAUGUGAUUGGUUGUUAUUUUUAGAUCCAACCAAUCGCAUUAAGCCAUUCAAUCAGCAAUGUACAAUGAAGAAUGUGUUCAUUUUAUGCUUUUGCCCUUUGUCACAAAUAUUUUCUUUAUGAGCGCUUUUAUUCUUAACACAGGAACAUGCGCCUAAUGGUUUUUGAACGCAGGUAGCUGUAACGUCUGGCUUACAUUUCAUUUUACCGCUAGCUGCUUAACUGAAAAGAAGUUUGUGAUACAUUUUGGUCGCAGAGAACAAAAAUUUAUUCUUACCAAAAUUAUAUAUAAGUACAGUGAUUACAAAGCAAAUAAGUUGGUGUGCAAGAAAAGGAACAAAAGACUUUUAUCAUUUUUUUUAAAUAAGAUGGACAGAGUUGAUGAGAUGGGACCACAAAAUUUAAGAGAGAUAACAUUCCCCUAUCGUCGUUUACGGUACGAAGAUAUUAGUCGAUAUCCUUAUGUCGACAAACUAUCUAUUCCAGGUUGGAAUACUAAGAAUAAUCCUGUGUCUAUUGACUUUAUUUAUCAAUUUGCAACGAAAAGCAUUAGUUACCAUUGCAUCAACGAUGAAAAGCAUUGUAGCUGUUAUGUUGCUGACAUAUUUGGGCCACCUACAGUUCAUUUAGAUGAUGGAUGUAAAAAACGCACACCGAACAGAUCAUAUUCAUCGUUUUCUAACUCUUUGGAAUCUAACGGGAUGCAUUAUAUUAAUCUGGAGUAUCAUGAAGCUGUAUAUCCACUCAGAAUCUCCGUGUUCGGUGAUUCGGACUUUCCGGUGGGCUUUAGGAGUCGAAUUUGGGCUAAAGACUCUGAUGAUAAGUGGUCUCUAUUAUGGGAUACAAACAGUGAUGUCAUAUAUAAAUAUAAAAGAACAGUAGUGGCCGAAAGAUUAAUUUUUUCUACUACACGUCCGCCGUAUUACUUUAAAACCAAAAUGUUGAGACUAGAAUUUACAUGUUCUCUCCUACAAUUGCAUUCGAAGCUAACUGCUGUAAUGCUUGCUGGUACAUCAGACUUGAUAUUUCCUAGAAGACUUGAACCAUCAAAUCCACAUUGUGUAUUUAAUUUGUUAGAUAAGAUUAAUCCUUGCCCCUGUCGUCCAAUACAAAAUUAUGAAUUUGCCUUAAAUAUAAUUACACUCGAAAGCAAAAAUAUUUUGCAAUGGAAAACACCACUUAUACGUUUUUGUUUAACAAAAAACGUUAUUCAAUGGAAUUUAUGGAAUUAUUAUGUCAUUUGUGAAAGGUAACAAUCACCGACGUUAAUAACUUUUCCGAUUGUAUUGAGUUUGAACAUAAUUCGAGGUGGAUUCGCGGUGUCACAUGC